UGCGAUUGUGUUACGGCGUUAAUCAAGUAGUGGAUUUAAAUAAUCAUAUUAAGAUUACGGCAGAAUAAUUGUAACGGUAGUCGAAGUUACAGUUGGAAAUAAUAAAACGCAAGCCGUUCGUACUAGCAAUUGUCAGCGAUAACAUUACCAUAGAUAAAUACAAACGCAUUGCUGACAAAUCUCUUACGUGUAGUUUCGAACAUCCGCUUCGUGAAAAAUCAUGAAAAUCAUUUGAUAGGACUUGCGCAAUUGCGGUUACGGUGAACGUGAUAUAUCAGAUCAUUUUGGAAGCAGAGUUAAGUUUGCAGAAGAAUAUAUCGCUGACGGAGACUCCGCAGUCAAAAGGCUAAAAGUUCUUCGAUAUGAGUGCCACAAGGGAACAAGCAGGGCCAUCCAAACCAUGGGAUUCUACCACAGAAGAAAAGGAAAAGGAUAAUCGAACUUUUGAAUGCAAUAUAUGUCUUGAUACUGCAAAAAAUGCUGUUAUCAGCAUGUGUGGUCAUUUAUUUUGUUGGCCUUGUCUGCAUCAAUGGUUAGAGACACGUCCAACAAGACAAAUGUGUCCUGUCUGUAAAGCUGCGAUCAGCAAAGAUAAAGUCAUUCCAUUAUAUGGACGUGGAGAUACGAAACAAGAAGAUCCAAGGAAUAAUGUUCCACCACGCCCUGCUGGGCAAAGAACAGAACCUGAAAAUAAUAUUGGAUUUUCUAGUUUUGGGUUUGGAGAAGGUUCUUACAUGUCAUUUGGUAUCGGAACAUUUCCAUUUGCAUUUUUCACAUCUACAUUUAAUUUUGGAGAAACACGACCAACUGCAGCUGCUAGAGGAACACCGCAGUAUGAAGAAGAACAAUUCCUUUCGAAAGUAUUUCUGUGGGUGGCUUUGAUAUUUGUUUGUUGGCUCUUGAUGGCGUAACAUUUUGUUAAACCAUAUUACUUGCUCCGUAUCUUGUAAUCCUACACCACUUGCUGAAUUGAUUCAUUACAUUUUUAUUAAUACAUCGAUCUUUCCUCGUUUGUGUAAUCGUUUGUUACUCACUACAGUAACUAUACCUGCUUGAAUAAACAAAUGGAUUUUGUCAGAGCUAUAAUAACACUUUUAUUUGUACGUAUACACAUAUAUACACAUGUAUUUUAUUUGUACAUAAAUAAGUAUAUUCAAGCAGAUAGUUUUCUUGUUUUUAGGAUUUCUGAAACCUAUUCUUAUGAUAUUUAUGUAUAUAUUACUUUUAGAUACGUAAGAUAUAUCUACUCUAUGCAAAACAUUUACAAUUGGUUUAAGACAAAAACCUAGUGAUUACAUUUAUUAUAUCAAAGUGGACCUAUACGGUUUUUACUAAUUAUUAAUAUAAAUAGUGUAUAUAUAAUCUAUAGUUUUUUAAACAGAUUAAUAACAAACGCAAAGUAAACAGAAUAAAAAUAAAUAUAUCGCUAUAUAAUAUAUAAUACUGUAAUAUAUCAUUAUUAUCAAUGAAAGUAUGUAUGCUAGUAGUUUAUAAAUCUAGCUUAUUUAUUUUUCUGCUGUUAUUUGUAUUGUGGUUAUGGAAAUAGAAGGAAAGACAAUUACAAAACCGGAAAACUAUGGUCAUAUAGUCAAAGAAGCCAAGUUUUUUUUGUAUUCUUAUUCAAUGAGUGACAAAUUAUUAUACUGAAUGGAUAUCAACAUUCCAUAUACAGUAAUAUUGAUACUGGAAAGUUGAUUGACUUGAAAGUGUAGCGUUUUUAAUUUAAUUUAAUAUCGUUGUCAUUCGUUAAAUAUAAUACGUAAUUUUUUAAAAAUUUAAUAUUGUAAACUAUCUUACAUGUUUAUUUAAUAUAUUAUUGCUAAAAUAAAUUAAAGGUGAAAAAAUGUAA